AAAUAUCCUUUCCAGUUUCCUCUUUUGAGGGGUUUGAAUUCCUUAUAAAUACUCUCUCUGAAUCUGACACACAAUACAAGCCUCAUUUCCUUUGGCUUUACCCUUCUGCAGUGGCUUGGGCCAGGAACCAUGAGGCUCUGUGUCUGCUUCGUUCUGCUCUCCAUUAUUCUCUGUGCAAGUGCUGACUCACCACUAGCCCGAGGUGGACGAUUUGUCUGGGAUGCACUGGGAGGGGCACGGGAUAUGUACAGAGCAUACCGGGACAUGCGUGAGGCAAAUUACAAAGGUGCUGACAAGUAUUUCCAUGCUCGUGGGAAUUAUGAUGCUGCCAAAAGAGGACCUGGUGGUGCCUGGGCAGCAAGAGUGAUCAGUGAUGCCCGAGAAAAAUGGCAAAGCGAUGUGAGUGGCAGAGGUGCAGAAGACACCCGAGCUGACCAAGAGGCCAAUAGGUGGGGUAGAAGCGGCGGCGAUCCCAACCGCUACAGACCUGCUGGCCUUCCCAGCAAAUACUAAUGCCAGCCCGGCAGAGCCUCUCUGCUUCCCUGUUACACCUCUUCUCUGCAUCCAAAUAAAGAGUUUCUCUUGCAAACUGUC